AGCAGCAGCAGUGGCGGCGAGCAGCCAAACAAGCUGUACGACGGUGAUCGCGCGAGCCAGUCCGUGUUGUACGCUGGCUUGUCGGAUCGCUGUGCGGAGAAAUGCUACGACCGUCGUCCGUGUAGUGUGGGCCACAUCGUCGGGUCGUCCGGCCAGCAGCGACGGAUAUGGGCGGCCCGCUGCGCAAGCCGGAGAUCGUUUGCGGAUUCCAGAGACCGCCUGAACUGGACCCGUGAGAGCCCUUUUGAUUUCGGGCGCCGCUCGACACCGUCGGCAGUCGAGCGCGGCCCAACAUGUUGCUCAAAGAAUACAGGAUCCCGCUGCCCUUGUCGGUCGAGGAGUACCGGGUGGCGCAGCUCUACAUGAUCGCCAAAAAAAGCCGCGAAGAAAGCAAAGGAGUCGGAAGCGGUGUUGAAAUCAUGGUGAAUGAGCCAUACACUGACGGACCAGGAGGCUCGGGGCAAUACACCCACAAGAUUUAUCACAUUGGAAGCCACUUGCCUGGCUGGUUCAAGGCUCUGCUUCCGAAAUCGGCCCUGACUGUGGAAGAGGAAGCAUGGAAUGCGUACCCUUACACCAAGACUCGCUACACGUGCCCGUUCAUCGAGCGCUUCUACCUUGAAAUCGAGACCAAGUACUUUGCCGAUGCUGGUGAACAGGAAAACGUGUUUGAGUUGUCGGGAGCAGAACUGCGCAACUUGCAAGUUGACCUUAUCGACGUGGUUAAGGACCAGCUGACUGGUUCAGACUAUGUGCGUGAGGAGGACCCGAAGCUGUACGUCUCGGCCAAGACGUCACGAGGUCCCCUGGAUGAUGACUGGAUUCAGGCCUACCUUGACCACCGGCAGCUGGGGACGCCGGCGCCCCCACCUGGCGAUGGGACCAUCAUGUGUGCCUACAAACUUUGCCGAGUGGAAUUCCGCUACUGGGGCAUGCAAAGCAAGAUUGAAAAGUUCAUCCACGACAUAGCGCUGCGCAAGACGAUGCUGCGGGCUCAUCGGCAGGCGUGGGCCUGGCAGGACGAGUGGGUGGGGCUCACCAUGGAGGACAUCCGGCAGAUUGAGCGCGAGACCCAGGAAGCCCUGGCGCGCAAGAUGGCCGUCGACCAGGUCAGCGAAGAAGGGGAUGAGGACGAGGCCCUGGCUCACUCCUGUUCGGCCGCCUCCAUCCCCAAGGUUGACCUGAAUGUGAUAGACAAGGAUAAGGAGGUGACGGUUGGCGAGCCCGUGAAGCCUGCUAGUCGGGCACGUUCCAAGAGCCGCAGCCCGCCACGCCUGGUUAGGAGCCCUGAGCCAGAGCCGUCUCCACCCCUGCCCAUUGCCAGCCCCAAGCCAGCCGAUGGCAGGGGCCAUGCCCAGGGACCCCGUAAGUCUUGGGUCCGCAGCAACUCGAAAGGAGCCCUCCAUUCGCCCAGUGGAAGCUCCACACAAAGUUUUGACCUGCAGCUUGCCAACUGGAGGAUGGAGAGUAUCGUUCGUGAAUCGGACAGCAGUUCCAAUGAAGAGUUCUUUGACUGCCGAGACAUCUGUGGUACCGAGGACUAUGGUUUUAGUCCAAUGACCAAAUGGAGUUCCCUGGAAAUGGUCUCUUCAGAAAAUGAGAAAGGUGGAAUUUUUGGUGGAGCAUCCACGCCUGAUGAGGACAGCAUAUUCAGUGCCUCCCACAUCCGGCGGACGCAUGCGGUGAGCUUCGGCCGGUCGGCGUCCACGACGGGUGCCUCGACGUCCCUGUCAGAUUCUCCGACAGCAUCGCCGGGACACCAGGCGGGAGUUUCCGCUACACCCUGCCCAACCUCAGUCCUCGUGCUGGUCCUCCACGCUGGCAACGUGCUGGACUCUGGCGCCGAGGGCAACACCCCAAAGACCGCUGACGUGGCCACAUUCCGGGGCGCCAUGGAUUCGGCCAUUCGGCAGCACUACCCGACCAUGCUGGGUCGUGUCGCCUUGCGCCUCGUGAGCUGUCCGGCCCCCUGUGCUGAGGCCUUGGCAGUUCUCUCCAACCUGAGUCCCUACAGCUUUCAAGCAUCACCGUCGGCAGUCGAUGGAGGCGCUUUCCGCCAUCAGGACUCGAUACCUCUGGGUGCCCUUCCGCUCUUCGCAGUCUCCUCGCCCGAUUUCCCAGACCUCGUGUCGCGAACUGUUUGUGCAGCCAACCAAGCCUACCACGACUUCCUCAAGUCUGAGCAAGGGCAAGGCUUUGCAGGACAGGUCGCACUCAUUGGGGACAGCGUUGGCUCCAUCUUGGGCUUUGAUGCACUCUGCCGUGCGGCCCAGAUGAGUAGCCGUUACGGCAGUGAGAACAGCAUCAACGAAGAGACUCCUGGAGCUGCCCCACGUCCCAACCCGCUCAUCUCCAUCAGCGAUGGCAGUGGCAACGAAGAUGCAGAGGACUCAGGUGGAGCGGUGGCGGCAGCUAGUAGUGGCGGUGCUUCCGCAGCUCAGGGAACCCCUUCGCGCAGCUAUCGCAAGUCUGCAUCUCACCCACCAGAUGCAGCUGCGGCAGCCGCUACUGCAUCUGAAGUGACGGGCAUCGUGGAGGGAGCAGCAUCUUUCCAUAGACUACUGAGUGCCCCUCCUCCUCGGCGCUCCAGUUCGUGCUCCAGCGAACAGGGGGCCCACGGACGAUUUGAUUUCGAAGUGUCCGACUUUUUCAUGUUUGGCUCUCCCAUAGCGCUGGUGCUGGCUUACCGCAAAAUGCUCUCAUUCGAUGACAAGAACGCUCCCCUGCCACGACCACAAUGCUCUCAAGUGUACAACCUGUUUCACCCCACCGACCCUCUGGCCGCACGCCUUGAACCCUUGCUGAGUGCUCGAUUUUCUCAGCUGCCACCUGUAAACGUACCUCGGUAUCAAAAGUACCCACUCGGUGAUGGGCAGCCAAUCCACUUACUGGAAUACCUGCAGAGCCACGCCCACAUCUUUGUGGAAGGGCUGCCCCCGUCGUCGUCUGGCUACGCCUGCAUGGGGCGGCGAACCAGCGAAGCCAGCAUCUCAAGCACUGUCUCGGGCGUCUCAGAGGCCUUGCCCCUCAGCACUGUCACUUCAUUGACGCAGAAGUGGUGGGGCAGCCGACGCCUGGACUUCGCACUCUACUGCCCGGAGGGCCUAGCUAACUUCCCGCCACAUGUGCUGCCGCACCUGUUUCAUGCCUCCUACUGGGAGUCUAUGGAUGUGGUUGGCUUGCUACUACGGCAACUGCUUCGCGGAGGGUGUGGCGUCGCGGGCGGCCUUGAUGGCGGCGGAGGAGACGGGGUCGCUGCUGGCACACUCGAUCGAGACCUGGCACCCUUCGUGCCGGGACAGCCCCGUGAGAAGUGGCUCCGCAAACGCACCUCCGUCAAAAUCAAGAAUGUGGCAGCCAACCACAGGGCCAACGACGUUAUUGUGAAGGAGGGUGAACCACAGGUGCUGACGGCACGUUUCAUGUAUGGACCUCUGGACAUGGUGGCUCUGUCGGGUGAAAAGGUGGACGUGCACCUGAUGCGUGACAGCGGGCACUGGACGCUGCUGGGCACUCAGCUAACCGACCGCAACGGACGGCUCUCCUUCAGCGUGCCCAAGGACCUGGGACUUGGAUAUGGGCUCUUCCCCGUCAAGGCCAUUGUGAGAGGUGACCACACAUCCAUCGACUUCUUCCUUGCUAUUGUGCCUCCAAAGACUGAGUGUGUGGUGUUCAGCAUUGAUGGCUCCUUCACGGCAAGCGUCUCGGUUUCAGGCCGAGAUCCCAAAGUGAGGGCUGGAGCUGUUGAUGUAGUCAGGCACUGGCAAGAGCUGGGCUACCUAAUCAUCUACAUCACGGGUCGGCCUGACAUGCAACAGCAGCGGGUGGUCUCCUGGCUUGCCCAGCACAACUUUCCCCAUGGUCUUGUUUCUUUUGCUGAGGGACUCUCCACUGAACCUCUCAGGCACAAGCUCAGCUACCUACGACACCUGCAAACACAUGCGGAGAUUGUCUACCACGCUGCUUACGGCUCUGCCAAGGACAUCGCAGUCUACUCUGCACUCGGCAUGGUGAAAGAGCAGAUAUUUAUUGUCGGAAAAGUUUCCAAGAAACAACAAUCCCUAGCCACGGUACUCUCCGAAGGCUAUGCGCUUCACCUGACGGACUUGAAGAGUCCCGGCCUGCCGCUGUGCCGGCCGGCCCAGGGCAAUGCCCGCAUGGUUCUGUCACGUGGCUGCUUUGGGCUGCCUGGCCAAGGUCUCUCUGGUCCAGCCAGUGCUUUGAGGCGACGACGCUCGGCCAAGCGAACAACUUCUUACCCACUGUCAGCCUCGCCGGCGUCCCCAGGCCCUUCUUCCACCUCUGGUGGUGCCCUCAAGACUGGCUCGGGCAGCAGCAAAGUGUGAGCGUGUUUCGUCACUGUGAGUCGUGGUCGUCACAUCUCCUCAUCAGUUCAUCACCAUAGGUUUGAGCUGGACCAUGCUUCUGAGGCACCCGAAGAGCACACCUCUGGCUAGAAAGAACACCCUGUGUACAAGACUGUUGCCGUCACCCAAUAUGCCAUGUUUCUGCACCGCCACAGUUGUUUUGCCUUUCCACUCAAGCAACAUCUGUAGGAUUCACCGUCGCCUUUUGCAAAAAUCUUCCCUGUUCCAGAAGAGGCAAGCUUGCUUCAAUACUUAUUGCAAAGUGUCACCUGCGUGGAAUGACCUCCGCACUACUUAUUGUGAGUUGAAGCAUCAGCUGUGAAGCUCGGCUGUGUAGUUGGAUGCUGGUAGGAAGGACUUGCAUGCCGGCUUUCAGUGUGCUAAAAGCUUGCUUUUCAAGACUGAUAGAUCAGGCAGCUUUAGCUAGCAGGACCAGCGUAGUUGGAGCCGCAGCGUCUGCAAGCUUUACGAAUAGACGAGAUGCACAAGGAAGGAGGUGCUUUGCAAGCAAGAUGUGCUGCAAGUUGGAUGUUGCAUCGUCGACUGUGCUGUAACACCAGCUGAGGGCUUUACGCAAGCACAAGUUGCUACAUGGACGCAUAGCACAGGACGAUGUGUGCCAACUGCACAUCGUCCUGCGCUUUGAGAACAAGAAGCUUUGCUGUACUUGGUGAACGUGCUUUGUCUACCACUUGAUGGUUCCUCGGUGGGAAGAUAAAGGGUUUCAGUGUGUGGCACCGUUUUUCCGUUACCUAUCAAGAUUACAAGUUAGAAACACUACCCGAACAAAGUGGUGUGAGAUAAGAUGCUUACAUCUAGCAACAGUAUCUUCGUCAGUGUACUGUGCUUUACUUACGUUUUGUGGCUUUCCCGAAGGGCUUGAUCCAUCUUGGCAACAGUGAGCACUGUCAUCAUUCCCGUUUUGCGAUGUCUCGGUGAUGCUUCGUCUGCACGAAGACACGGGAAAGAAUGUGUUGCACUCACGGCGGGGAAUAGGACGAACGAAGAAAGGAACCCUGCCUUCUUGGACGUAGGUUGUGAGAUGACCAUCUUUCGAUGGCCCAGUGCCACAAACAACACGUUCUGCGACCACUCCGUGUGAUGCCUAGUGGCAAAUGGUACCACACUUCGAUGUCAAGGCGAUGCCCUUGUUGUCACCGGUGUUGGUGUGGUUGGCAUGGAUUUAUUUUUUGCAGGAAGGUGCUCAGGUCACACUAUGUUUUUCAUCCCCAGCCCUUCCACGUGUGGCCUCCUUUUAGUGCAAAGCAUAGUUGGAAUGUGAGUAUGGUUGUUGACCUUUCGAGAGUGAUUUCUUUUUUCUUACCUUGAGAAGUGUGCAUGUCAAAUGCGGCACGUUUAGUCAAACCUUCUUGAGCAGCCCUAAAUGUUGCGUGUGGAAAAUGUAGAGAGCUCAUUGUACAAGAGGUGUCGAAUGUAAUGGUGGUGUCCUUAUAUGCGUUUCUGGCUGCCAGCUGUUCUGAGGAAAUUUUUUAUUGUUUGUUAUGAGGGUUAUGGCAGGUUUUCGUAAUUAAGUUGUUCACAGAGGAAGGAUGCUGUAGGUUUUCUUAUUGUGUCAUGCUAGUCAGAAAUGGCUAAACAGAAAAAUAAAACAGCAGGGGUACAAAUACAUGCUAGGAUGUUGGCAGGAUAGACUUAGUGCACCCGUCAGUGCUGUUCAGUGAUUCCAAGUGCUAAUGGAUGAUUGAUAAUUAGGAGAGACUAGUCUACUCACUUGAAGCCUAUGAAAGCCCACAGCAAACUCGGAUGCUUGUGUGAUCAGUGAUCACAUACAUGACCAUGGUCACAGGAUUAAAAAAAAGAAACGAAGUGCUUGAUAUCUUUCAAGGCAUUCUAUAUGAUACCGUUAAGCUCGAAAUACUGUUUGUUCAGAUACCAUGCUGUGCAAUGCCAAAGCCAAGUGUAAAAAAGGCACACUUUCUUUGCAGAUUUAUUCUAAAGUUUCUUGUUUUACAUGGUCGGUGCUGCAAGUUGUUCAAGCUACAUAAUCUACAUAUGCUCUCUCUCAACAAAUCUAGUCACUGUUUUAACUAAACAAGGAAUUGUUAUCAAGCUCCUUGUUACCACGUCCUGACUUCAUAUUCAGCACUUAUUGUUGCAACCAAACACAUGCACUCUUUUUGUUUUUUUAUGUUUAUGUACAAAAGCUAUUUUAAAAGUAUUGUUUACAUUGCCAGACAUCACAUGCACAACAGCACCUACUCUACUAACACGUGCCUAGCUAUGAUUAGUAUUGAACUGUGGCGGUUUAAGAUUUAAUCGUAUUUUGCGCAUGUCACCAGCAUCAAAAAACACCUGAAGUUUGCAGUCUUCAAAUGCUUAGCUGUACACAAAUUUUUCUUUACGUUGUGGUUUGGCUUCGUGGCAGGCUACCAGCAUUGCAGUGGAGAUCUGCUGUAGUGUGGUGCGGCUUCGUGGCAGUGCACAGUGUAGUGCCGUGAAGUUGCACUGCACUUCUACAGAAGGCAACAGCAAGGGCAUCAAUGAUUGUAAUGACUUGAGGCACAUAACAGGUUUUUUUUCUGGAGCUGUGGUUUGUGCUCAUAUUGGUGCGCAGUUUUUUUUUUUUUUUUUUUUUGUAUACAGAUUAAAGGUCCACUACUGGCUGGAUUAUAUGGGAGAAAACACAGUGUUUCUGUUCAUCAUAAAGUUUGCGCAACAAAGUUCCCUUCACUCUCAGGCUGUACAUCAGAAUUUUCAAAGAAUCCAUCUUUCUCCAGAGUCAAAUUAGAAUGACCAUUUCUUUUGAGUCCAAUCUUGUUGUGAAUGUUUGUCCAUAGGUCUUGCCAUCACCCCAGAAGUAUGACCGAAACCAUUACUACAACAGUGCAUGUUUUGUGCUCAUUUGUCAUAAGCACACAAAGAUGUUUAAGUGGGCAUUAAUACAGAGUGAAGUUAACCAAAUGUUGCAUUGCUCCAGGAGGCUAACACCUCCCAAAUAAAUCUAUGGCUCUGUUGCACUUAUGUACUUCUUGGAGGUGGCAUUGCUUAGUUUUUUACUCAUUCAUUAACUGCUUUGUAUUUUAAAGGUACUAGCCUGUUUCAAGCAUUCCAAAAUAUUUAUCGCUAAUGAUAGCGAUGCAAAAAAUAUGAAUGUAUAAGCCAUCAUUCUCGUAGUAUUUGCGACGGACACUUCUUAAAAACAAUGUGAUUUGUGAGAGCAAAUCACAUUGUUGCUGUGGUUACUGACCCAGCUUACUGGUCCUUUUAAUGUACAACGUUGUGUUGUAUCGGCCAAAGCAUGCUAAAGCUGAAGCCAAAAACAUGAUUGUGAGAUUUGUUCUCACGUGGAAUUUUGCACCCCAGCGUCACAUAUGCUGUAGAAUGAGGUUAUGACACACCUAUUUCGCAUUACCUUUUCCUUGCUAUUGUAGGCUGUGCUAAAAGCAGCAGGUGCCAUAAAUUCACGAUAGUUCAAACUUGGAUAAUGUGCAGUUCAGGUUAAUUCAAACAAAUAUAACAAUUUUGGUUGCAUUCCUACCCCACAGCGUGUGAAAUCUGCAAUGUUUGUCAGGGUGGAGGUUCAGCCUUGUCAAUGUAUUAUUUCUGUAGGCUUAUGUCUUUCCUGUUUGUUAAUGUAGUUUUGCAUUAUAAACCUACGAGCACGUCAAAUUUUUUGUCUUCCUAGGGCUGGUGCGUAUGGCCAAUAAUGGCUAAUUAAAGUAACAUUUAUGGGUCAUAAAUAUCCGAAACAUACCUUCAGGCUACUGUGCAUGUCGAUGGAUGCCAUCAAAUAACGCGCCUUUUAUGUGGUGCCAUUACACAAAUACAAGUGUUUAAUGGGUACAACAGCUGUAUACCUGUUCUGGCCGUAUACUAUCUGUUUGUAUGUGAUUUGGUGUACCUGUUCUUGCAAUAAGCCAUACCUAUAUUUCGAAACAUACUUUAUGCAGCUUCUAAUAAUUGAAGAAAUUCAAGAAGUUUCCUGGGAGCUUGAACUGUAUUACAACGUAGUUAAAGCAUAUUUGCAUUCUGCUUAGUUAACAGACAGUCUUUCUUAGCACGAUAACGGAAUGCAUGCAUCCUCUUUAAAGUACCAUGUUUGUUCCUUUGUUGCAUUCCUUGAAUUUUGUUGUAAAUUUUGUGUGCUGUAUUGAAAAAAAAAAAAAAAAGAACUCUACUCCACGCUAGUUUUUUUCACAGGCUCACUCUGUUUUCAUGGUUGUGAAUGGAACCCGUGGGUGUUUGUUCCUUUCCCGAUGCGGGUGUUUAUUACUUUUCCUUUUCUAGCACUUUUUGCAAGGCUACAAAUGCUUGUGUACUGAAUCCUUAUGUGCGAGUAUUACUAGCAUUCUGACUGCCAUGACUUUUUAGCCAUGCCUUCUAUCGCAGUGUGCCACAUGUCCAAUUCUAAGAGACCACCAAAUGUUAUACAGCACUGAAUAUUUUUUUCUUGUGUUUUUUAUCUGUUGCUUUGUUUGAGGUGAAACCUUGUUUACACGUUUUAGAUGAGUUUAUUGUUAAUUAACAUGAUUGCAAGGGUCCUAAGGCAUCUUAUGAGAACUUGUAUACAAGUGCUCCAUAACUUGAGAGACGUUACAAUGUUUUGUUCUUCUUUUUGUUUGCUUUUAUUGUUUGUUUGCUCUGUUAUGUGCAGUCACGAGAGAUUAUACAAUGAAACAUUUUUUUUUUCAUUAAUUUAUUUAAUGGUGCUGUCCUAGAAACGGUGUGGAGCUGUGAGUUCAGUGUGUCGUUUAAACUGUGUAAGCACUGACUUGUUCUUCAGUUCGUGUAACAAAGACCACUCUUUUUCUGUUGACUGCUAUGUCAUUUGUAAGUGUACUUGUAUGCACUGUGCGUGUUGACUUCCUAGCAUGUCUAUUAUUGCUUUUUUUUUUUCUCCCUUUGCUGGCACCAUGAUCCACAUUUUUGUGAGCUGUUUCUUGCCUCAUGGAUGGGAUGGAUUUAAGGAUGCAUAAGAGAGGGGUGUCUCUUCUCCCUUACUUUUCAGACGCCACUUUAUCCUGUUGAUCGGAAACUUACUUUCACCACAUUUCUUGCACCUUCAGAAUUAUAGAAAGUGUACAGCUGCACAGAAUAUUAAGAAUUUUCAAUUCUUUAGUGAGUUUUGUCCAGUUUUCAGAAUGUAGACUCUAUACGAAAACUCACUACAGGAACAUCAAAUACGAGAACAUCAAUUAUUGCAUGUAUUGAAAAGCUUGAAAAGCACUUAUCCAGCCACUUGAAAAUUAUGCCUGGUACGUGACAUUGUCAAUAACAAUGAAAAAAGUGAACCCGCUACAUACAACAUACUGACACCAAGCAAAAACACCCACUCAUUUUACUGAAACAUUUUGCACAUGUUAUCCAAAAUUGCAGCACAAUUCCAAUCAUAAGUGUUUCAAGAUAUAUGCAACACAUCUUAAAUAUCAUUACUUUCAUCAGUGCUUUUGCUGUUGAUGCACUAUUUUGAUGUACACAAUUGUGUACAAGCGUCUGAAAGGGUUAAGCAAAUUCACGUGCUUUCUAACAUGUAGACGCUACACCCAUUCUCAAGAAGAAACAAAAAAAAACUUGGGGGGAGGAAUGGGAGGUGAAUUCUUAUAGCUGAAUGUAGGCAGCCCAUGUGCUUGUGAAUACGGGCUGUCAGCAUUUGAGCUGUUGUCACAAUGAAGGCUGAUGUACUGCACAUAAUAAACAAUCACAGGGGAACAGAAAGGCACUUUGUUGCACCGUUCCAAUAGCAGCAGGACCAAUAGCUCUGCUAGUCGUCUGAAAGAGUCAGUGUUAAGUGUAGUGCAGUGAUUUAUAGACAGACUUAUCUGAAAAUAGGAAAUAAAAAGUAAUAGAGGUGAGAAGUGUAGCAUUUUUUGAGGAAGACACCAGGACUCUCAGUUUAAGAAUUAAACAACAACUUGGAAUGGUUCACUACUGAACUCGGUGGUAAAUAUUUGUCAUUGGAGAUGAUGCAGACACACACAAAAAAAAAAACAAAAAAGACUGAGGAGACAGAAGUUCUUGUGUACCUUUGUGUUCUUUGCUUUUCCUCACCCCAUCUAGACCGUAAGCUACUACUAUACUGUAUUUGUGUAUAAGCAAGCAGGUAUCAUAUAUAAUCGAACAUAAAUUGGAUACAACUGUUGGUUGGCCCCUUAGAUGUGAAAGUGAAAGAAACAUUUUUAGUUGUGGGUUGGCCCUCAUUUGUAAGGAAACUGCAGAAAAUUGAAGAUGACGAAGCUUUAUUUGGUGUGCAUUUUUCACAGCAUCAAAGAGAUUUAGGUUGCAGCGAGUUCCCUUAGUGAUAGUUUCCACCCUCAAGGUAGAUGCCAGUCUCAUCUGAAAUUCAGGGGUGGUCACUGACACUGGUACACAAGGUCGUGUGCAGACUCAACUCAAGCCGGACCUUUCCUGAUCACAUUUAUAGGUCAGCACACCUAUUCUGAAGGAGCAAUUCUGGCAGGCUUCACAAUGAAUGUUCAUACAAAUAUUAUGUUGAACUGAAAUUAAGGCCUCCCCUUAUUUGCUCACACUACGUUAGACGACUGGCAACAGGGACGACACACUUGAAAAUUCCCAGAAUGGAAUUUUUAAAACUUUAAUUAAAUUUUUUUAAAGUACCACCAAGCACAAAAUGUGUUGUUGCUAGAUGUAGGUCUCAAUAUUCCUCGUAGGUACUUCAGGAUAAAUGAUGCUUUGCUCUGUCCUAGUUAUGGGCAAUACUUCCAGCAAAAAAAAUUGCUGAGGGACACGUGAGGAAUUCAGGGUAGUGUUAGAAAUUUCAUACUCGAUGGUCCUUUUAAAAAAGUUUAAUUUAAACACAUUCCAUUCUUGGAAUUUGCAAAUGCUUCGUCCCCAUUGCCAGUCGUCGAACGUAGUGUGAGCAGAAAUGAAGAGAGGCACAAAGAAGACACACACAGCAAUGUACUUGAAAUAAAAAAAAUGCUUUGCAGGUUUUUUGUUGCAGUGGUCAGUAUAAAAACCUCUCCACCUGCAAAAUAAAUGUUUUGUUGAAAGUACAGUGCUGUGUGCCUCUCUUUGUCAGAUUUCCGCUCUGUUUUCCUGUUCACCGUUAGCUGGUCUUGUGAUGAUGAUGAAACUCCUGAAAUUCAUGCAGUGUCAUCAUUGUUUCAUCUUAUUUUAUUGUUGCCAUGCCACCUUGAUGAUGGUGAUGGCUUUUUGGCAUGGCAUGUGGAUGGACAGGUCCAGCGCUGCAAGAACCCAUUAUAGCUAUCACUGUGGAAAAAAAAGACAAAAACAAAAAAACAAAGAAGUUAUAUGUUCAACAUAUAUUCAAACACAUGUGGGAAGGCCCUUUUUGCUUUUUGUACCUGAGAAUUAAUGUCACUUGAGACUGCCUCCUCCGAUGUAUUGCCAUAAAUCCAUCUCAACCUGUUAAUUCAAGGGUAAAGGGGGCACUUAAACAGACACUGAAAUUUUGUUAUGGGAUCCACUAAUGUGUCAAAGGAACACCGAAAGUAGUGUGAAAAGCCUCAUUUCUGUUCGGUGCCUCCACACUAUAUUUUUUAGACGUGCUUGUCCGAACUGCACUUUUUCCUCCGUCAGUGUUUUUAUGUUUUUCUGCCUUGCCUUGCCCUCUCCGCUAGAUGCUCAAACUAUAUUGUGAUAUUAAGUUAGGUUGCCUUUCUUAUUUAUGUUAGCACCAACACCUCACAGAGAGCCACCUGUUGAAUAAUAUCCCUGCGACACAAAUGGCUCAACUGGCAUAAUUACAAAACCAUGGUCUAAUACCGUCGAACCUCGCGAUAAAGAAGUUGCCUCCAACAUGAAAAUACCUUCAUUAUAGGUAUCUAAUAUUUGUUACAAGCAUAUAUUUGUUGGAUGCUGAUAAUGGCAGGAAACAUUUUAGAUUUACUUUGAUCAUUUGUUGUGUCAGUGUUCCUUAUGCUGAGGUUAACUGCACACUAGGAUAGGUUAAAAAACUGUGGAGGCUGUCCAUACAGAGCAAGAGCUGCAGCUGUUAGUGAUAAUUGUGACUUGUUGGGUGAGCACAAGAAAAUGGUGGCAUUUGGGCUUUAUGCACCCUUGGACAUACCAUUUGACAUCAAGAGCUUUAUUAUAAUUAUGCUUAGUUACACGGGUUUUUGUUGCAUAGAGAGAGAGAAAUAAUGACAGGGUUUACAUGGUGAUCAUGGAUGCAUAUGCAAAAGGACCCCAAAAGCACGCUCAUUGUCUUUGCAUUGUUCUCGCGGAGGAUUUAGCACUUUCUUGUGGUGCAGAAUCUGUCUUAAUAGCGUGAUGGUUACCCCUUAUUGACCACAGAGGAACAGAAGCGAAUGUUGUGCUGCUUCGAGAAAGAAGGAGUGGCUGUGGCUGUUUUCUUGGCUAUUCGCGUUGCAUGUCAAAUGAAUUACUUGUGACUGUCGUAGACGAAAAGUGGCUGCAGUGGUCGGUAUUACUUUGCAGAGCUACCAGUCAUGUCAAAGUCUGCAGCUGCCAGUGAGAAUAGAACCUUCGGAGUAUGCUGUCUUUGUUAGUUUAUGUGUGCUUGAUUGGCUUCAGAUACUGAGGGUGUCAAGCAUACAUUCGUAGCCAUUGGUUGGCAUUCUGAAAGUUGCUGCGAUUACAUAAAGGAAAGACAGUCUGUCCACCAGAAUGGCCUGAGAAUGUUACUGGUUCUCUGAGAUGGACCUUGUAAACAGCUUGGUUAAAAGUACGGCAAGAACAUAUGGUUUGCUCGAUGGGAUGGUCUUGCGUGAAGCCAUGAGGACAAUCGCAUAGGAAAGUAAAGCAAACUGUUUUUUUCUUAGUUACAGAAAUGUUGCUUUGUCAGUAUGUCAAAUUGCAUUUAGUAUUAUAUAUGCUGCCUAUUUCAGUUAAGCCAUUAAACCAUUUGGAAUGGAUGUUCACGUGGGGAGAGUUACUGAAACUGCCUAGUGCACUCCAUCAUGUUUGCUAAUAGAAUGUGGUUAAUUGUGAGCGAAUAAUAUGCAAAGUACUUUAGGCACAUUGAUUAAAGGCACCAGUGUAGAUUGCAGUAUAAUAUGGUACUAUUAGUGUGGCAUGACUAGCACUAGGCAGAAAAGUUAGUACAUGUGGAUCUUCAAGGUGCUUCGUUGGUAUGGUGCAAUGUAUAAUGUAGCUUCCACUGGUAGCUCGUACUUGUACUAGCAUGCUGGUUGGAGCACUAGCUGAUCGAUGGUGUGGCUGCAUAGGCAUGUAUAAACAGCUGCGCACUAUUCAAUAUGUACACCUUGACAGGUACGUCUAUGGAAGCCUCAUGGUUAUUUGUAGCAUAGGGUGGGCUGUAAGUUGGUGUGAUGAGAAUGUUGAGUGUUGUAACAUUCUCCAACUCUUCUCUGCAGACGCUAGAGACAGCAAGUCACUCAAAGCGGCGAGUUUUUGCGCUGGCUUUCUAACAAGGUAUCUUCGUUCAAAGCUGUGUGCACGUGUUAGUGUUGAAGCUGUUAGCUGUCGAGUUCAUUAAGGUCGUUCCUAAAACUUUUUUGGUUGUCUUUGUCGUCGUUUUGCACAAUGCAGGUCAGUGUAGCGUACCGCUGUGGCUUAUGACGGUAGACACGAACAAACGCUUGAAGUGCCCAUUCCGCUAGUCCAAGGACAUCAGCUUGGCAGGCCUGCCAAGCACAGAUGACUUUCAUAGUCUAUUAUAGCCCUUAGGCAUGAACACACUACGCGCUGGUGGUUAUACCCUUAACCAACAUUACACUGCUCUCAUGUUUCUAGACAAGGCAUCUAAGUGUAUAUACCAUCACAUGUCACUACCCGUGUGAUGAGCAAAAGAGGCCUAGCUUUUUUUCCAUUACCAUUCCCAGCUGUUCUUUGCAUAGUUUUUUUGUUGUUGUUGAGGUUGUACCUUGUGUAUGUCAUUGAAGUUCAAUUAAUAUAUGAUGCAAUUAAUGCAAUGACCAUUUCUGUUCACCAAGAACUGCUGUCACCUGAAUUGCACGUGCACCUGAGACCUUAAUAUAUAUAUAUCGGCUCCUAAGCAGACAGUUUAAGGGCCAAGCGUGCGCAGAAUGCUUGGACAAGCACUAUUGAGAAAAUUCCGAAGCUUUGAACAUAGAGUUUACUUUUACCAUCUGUUUGGAAUGUGUUCCAGCACAACUGUGUUCCUCAUCAAUAACGGAAAUGUUUCAAUGUUGGUGUGUGUAAGUGUUGUGAUCACACCUGUUCUCCCUUGUAUCCCUGCCCUCUUUUCUUUGUUCAAUGUUGAUCCAUGUUUCCAAUAUUCUUAAGGUAAAUAACUCUUGCCAUAAGUGCAAGUUAAAAUUUGCAUUAGUUUGCCAGGCAUUAAAUUUGUUGCAUGGGUGAUUAUCUGACCGCUAGCCUUAUUUACCAGGCAAUUGCAUAAUGUUUACUGUGACUGGCAAUUCUUUAGAUUUGACAGUUAGUGCAGUGACGCCCAGUGUUGGUCUUGGUUACUGCUGUGCACAGUAGUUUUCCAGAAAUUGAAAAAAAGAAAAGAAAAUUGUGCAAAGGAACACUACGUAUGGUUAACGUGCACUUGCUGCCAAUAUUAAAAGUAUCAAUGGUCAAUGUGCAGACAACAAAAAAAGUUUGAUGGAUACAGGUAACGAUGAGCAAAACAUUAUUGUUGGCCGCUUCAACCAAAACCACCAUUCACUGAACUGCAUUUGUUCAGUGAACAGCUAUUUCCUGUGUGAAAAAAAACAAAAAAAAAAAAAAAAACAGACAGUGUGUUCGAGACAACACUGCAAUCUUGCACCUUGUUGCUUUAAUUGCCAUUCUUAAUUUGUCUAUAUUGCUUUUCAAAGCCUAUCAUAUCACCCUUCCUUCCUUCUCGGAAGCUCCAGCCCUGCUCGUGCAGUGUGCACGAGCUUGGCAUGCGAGCAACCUCGCACUAUUCAUUGGAUCAAAAUUGUUGAAGCUGUACAAGUUUUACUGUUUCAAAGCAACAGCAGCACCCUGUUGUACUGUACACUGCUGGGUAUGUAGCCCUUUAAAACACCGCUGCCUUCAGACGCAACCGCACGUCUCUGUGCAUCCCGUGUCUACAGGGCACUGUUUGUUGCGCACUCCUGGACACUCUGGGGCCACCCACAGGACUGUGUCCUAGAGUGCUUGUGGAAGGAUGGAGAAGGACACUGUCCUACUAUCUUGUCUGUCUGUGCAUGUCACGCUCUCCCUUCUCACGUGCAUAAUUAACUCUGUGUGUGUAGAUCACCAAACGAGGAGGGAAGCGGGAGAAGUGUACCGCUCCUCGUUUGCACCCGAUGCCGGUGGUGCAUGUUUGACAUUGCACAGUUUGGCUCCAGUGUUUUCUUCCCCCUGUGUCGCUAUAGGCAUGAUUUGCUGUCAAAAGUGGGAAAGAUGAUGAAAGUUUAAUUUUUUAUUUACAAAAAUAAAAAAAAGAGA